UGGUCUCUAAGAUCGAGAAAAUGAAGUCUCUGAUGAACUCCUACUGGAUGCUGUGUGACGCCGUACACCAGGCUAAUGUCUUCUACGGUGGUCAGCUGAUGGCCGUGAUCUUUUCCUCAUUUAUCCACACCACUGAAACGUCCUACUUCUUUGUCAUGUGCGUGAUAGAGGGUAAAGUGUUCUCCUUGAUAAACGAGGGAGCUUGGACCCUGUGUUACAUCUGCUACGUGGUCGUGUUGGUAAACGCAAGCACGGAUGUCACCAACUCGGUCGAAGAGACAGGACAGAUGAUUUGCAAGUUGAUGAAUAAAGACCUGGAACAAAUCCUUAGGAAACAGCUGGAAGAAUUUCUGCUGCAGUUUCCCCAUCACAAUGCAAGAUUCUCUGCUCUUGGGUACUUUCCAAUCAACAACGAGACCUUCACUGCGAUGGCAGCAGUGGUGACCGCUUACCUGGUAAUACUGAUCCAGUUCCAGACUCAACCAACAUCUUCCUGAAGUCAAAAUAUAAAUGUGUACUGGUAGUUUGAGGUUAUA